AUGCAUCUAAGAAGUGCGUCCUUAAGCGACAUGGAUCCGUCCCAAAUUCAUAUUAUCAGGGAGAUUACGUGCUCUGAUGCGUCUUCAAUAUUCGAGGUAGAUCUGGAUGGACAAAAAUAUGCUUUGAAGCUUUUCCACGACAACGGCGACCCUGGUUAUACCGACAAAGGUCGUGAUUUGAACCGCUUUCGCUGCGAACUCAAUGCAUAUAAGAAGCUCUUCGCCUCUGGUGUUUGUGCGCGCAGUUUCGUUCCAAAAUUCUACGGCUACAUCAAUCGAAUUGAUCCCGCAGAAUUUCAUCCUGCUUUCCAACAUUUCUCUCUAGACAAGCUCAAACCGAGAGCAAUAUUGCUAGAGUACCUACCAAAUGCAGAGAGUUUAAAUUGCAUUAACUACUCAGAUGCACUCUUUCCCCAGGCAAUUGAGGGCAUGAAGGAGAUACAUAGGGCGGGCGUUCACCACAAGGACAUCUACACGAGAAAUCUUCUCCUUGUUCGUGGAGACCCUGAUAGGCUGGUCUGGAUUGACUUUGAUGUUGCAAUGACCUUCACCGACUUUGAACCUGAACAGCUGGCCCGUUGUGACCACGAAAUUGCGCUUGUGAAGGGAUUAGGAGAAGCACUGAGAGAUGACCAGGCUGAGGGACUCCCGCCUGAUACCAAAUUCUACUAA